CGAAACGUAAGCUUUUAAUCUAUUUAUUAAUCUCUUGAUACAUUGGAAGUAUGGGACUUUGUAAAUGUCCGAAACGAAAAGUGACCAACUUAUUCUGCUUCGAACACCGAGUGAAUGUGUGUGAAUAUUGUUUGAUUGACAACCAUCCGAGGUGCAUUAUCCAGUCCUACCUAAAUUGGCUUAAAGACAGCGACUACAUUCCCAACUGCCAACUUUGUGAUGGCAGUUUAUUGGAAGGAGAAGUUGUUCGAUUGUUGUGUUAUGAUGUUUUCCACAUUAGUUGCUUAGAAAAACACUUUCGCAAUCUCCCUUUAAACACUGCACCAGCUGGUUAUCGAUGUCCAGCAUGUGAAACUAAAAUAUUCCCAGCUCCAAACCAAGCAGGGAAAGUGGUUGAUAAAUUAAAAGAAGUUCUUUCAAAAUAUAACUGGGCAAGAGUUGGGCUAUGCUUGCCAUUGAUUGAUGAAUCAGAGAUGACAAAGUUUAACGAAAGUGAAAUAAUUGAAGAUAUGGAAGAUGAUACUUUACAUGGCUCCAUUAUACCAACACAUACUACAGACACUACUUCUGUUUCAUUUAACACAACCACCACAAACAUAAACACAAGUGACAACCAUACUACGUAUAUAAGGCAAGACUAUCGGCAGUCGAAUAAUAACGAUCGUAACUCGAUAAAUGAAGCGUUUUCGCCACCAUUACAUCAAAACAAGUCAAAAAUAAAAGACAAUCCAACAAUAUUAUCCAUGGAGGAAAAUCUUCCAUCCAACACGGACUUCAAAGCUGUUCCAAGGAAGAUUCUCGGAGCAUCUUCUUAUCAUCCGUUUGGAGGACAAUCCUUGGAUGGGAGUGAUCCGGAUGGUGUGGAUAAAUACAAAAGAAGAUCAGCGUUAAGUUGGCUUAAAAGAUGGCUCAGGUCACGAAUGUUAAGAAGCCGACAUGACACGCGACUGAUGCCACGCAAAGCCGCCGUCAUAUUUUUCAUCAUUUUCCUUGCCUUGCUCACGUUUAUUGUCUUUGCAACUAAAGUGGGGCGGGGUAACAACGACGACCCCAGCUUUGACCCCAUGCAUAACCCCAACAUUCACGUUGCAAGGCACGUGGGUGAGCUACAAGACCCACUAAUUGGGGGGGAUCCAUUACAAGCCAUGCAACCAGCAGCUGGGGGCAGAUAAAGACACCUUGCCAUAAUAUGCCGCAAUCGAAUCAGUGUAUUUUAUUUUUGUUCACUUUGUAUUUAUACGUGAUGUACAUUGCAUUUACUGAAGUUAUGUUGGAAAUUUUUAUCUUUUUACAUGCAUACCAACCUGUAUGAUUAGUUCUACACAUGAGCUACAGUCCUAUGAUGUUUAUAUAUUGUAUCCUUGUUGUUUUAUCAAAGAAUAUAAGUGGUGCAAUGUAUAUUUGUUCUUUUUUCACCAAGCCCUCAACGGCUCAACAGCAAUUUCUUAAAAUCCGAUGCAUGUUUGUCCGGUACCAAUCAUUAUCAGUU